GUAGUAUUAUAAAACCCUGGACGUUGGUCGCUACGCUAUUUUCAAUCAUAAUUAUUCUAUUCACAUGUGUUUAAAUUGGUCGUUAAUUUUUUUUUGAUAACACAGUUUCGGGGUGAGGUAUCGCUUUAGUCGGACUGAUGAGUUGAUGAUGAACGAUUGUGCUGUUCUAUUGAUAUUAACUUCGAUAUAAAUUUGCGAAUAGUCGAGCAUUGUGGAAUAUUUUCGAACAUAAAGCGCUCGACUUCCGGUGCGAUAGGGUAUCGCUGUUUGUGCCAAUGUUGCGGGAUUGUGUAAGUUAUUACAAAAUAAACGUCCGUUAACGAGCUGUGUGUGUUAAUAAAAUCAAAAAUGAGAUCUAGGGAAGUGAUAUUAAUUUUAUUUGUGCUCUACGUUGAAUCGUCUGAGGCGUUCGGGAGAGGCGAAGAAGGCGUUUGUUUGGUGCCAGUCAAAAAACAAGUCCGAGGGCGGGGUAAAACCCCAGGUAAGCCGACGUUUAAAUUAGUCUGCUGUGAAGGAUGGAUGUAUGACGUGGCUACCAAAAAAUGUGUCUUCCACUGCAGAUUCGGUUGCGAGCGGGGCAAAUGUGUUGGACCGAACAAGUGCAGCUGCGACCCCCCGCUUCUAUUGGUGAAUAAUAAAUGCGUGGACCCUGUGUGUGAUCCACCAUGUGUGAAUGGAAAAUGUAAGGGAAAUAACAUGUGUCUGUGUGACACUGGCUUCGAGAAAGUAAACACGACUCAUUGUGCACCAAAAUGUCUUCCCGGCUAUGAGCACCCUUGCUUUAACGAAUCUUGUCAGUAUACUAAUAAUAUGACGGCAUGGGAUAAUGAUGCUGUUUACUCAGAUCCAUUUAGUUGCAUACCUAAAUGUGCGCAAGAGUGCGUUAAUGGUGCUUGCGUGGCCCCAGACGUUUGCAAGUGUCACAAGGGGUAUACAAACGAAAGUCAGUGGCAAUGCUCGCCGGUUUGCGAUGAUUGCGAAAAUGGAACUUGCGUAGCACCAAACGAAUGCCAAUGUUUGGAUGGGUAUUCGAAAAAAGAUGGAAAAACUUGCACACCAGAUUGUGAAACACCCUGUAAGCAUGGUGUGUGCACAGCACCAGAUGUUUGCACUUGUGAUUCUGGUUAUGAACUCCAAUAUACCGUGUCUGACAACAAUGUGACUCAAGAAACAUGUCAGCCAGUUUGUUCUGAAUACUGCAUCAAUGGACACUGCGAAUCACCUGAUACGUGCGCAUGUAAUCCAGGUUUCAUAAGAAAUGAUACAAAUCCGUCUAUAUGCUAUAAGCCUUGCCCGGGUCUUUGCGAGAAUGGAGUGUGUUUUCUUUCUGGAAAAUGUGAUUGUCAACGAGGUUACGUUCUUGAAAAUGGAACCUGCAUAGCUAUACAACCAGUGGACUGUGACUCUUGUGACGGCAACUGUACGGAAGACGCUUGCUGGUGUUCAGACGAUAGACCAUGUUUCUUCCCUGCAGAAGUGGAAUCAGCUGAAAUCGCUUCUUCCACCGUGUUAGCUGGUUUGGGACUGACUUGGAUGGUAGGAGGCGCGGUGGGUUUGUUACUACUUAUUCUGGUAACUGUGGUUAUUGGUCAGAUGUGGAGGAAGAGAAAAGAAUAUCCCACCAAUGAAGGAAAUACUUUCAGCAGUGUGGCCUACACGGUUCCCAAUACACUUUUACGAGUACGCGAGGAGAUCAAACCUGAAAAUGAUUACGAUCAAGUCGAUGAUCAGGAUCCGAAAACAGAAGCUGGCGAAGCAUUACUCGAAUCGACGACAGUUAUUGAUGAUAAAAUGUACGAUUAAACGACGCUAGAUUUACAGAAGCUAGUUAUCCCUCCUCAUAUAAAAGCACGCGUAAGAAUAAUUUAAUCUGAUAACUAGUCCUAUUCUCUUGAAUAUUAUUAUCUACUUCAAAUUCGAUGAACAUUUGUGGUUUAAAUCUAUAUUAUUUAUUAUAAUAAUAAUGGGCUUUAAUAGCUAUCAAUGGUCGCAUUGCGAUCAUCAUCAAUAGGUCUAAUUAGAUAUUUAAUUCGACAGUACUAUAAAAUUAGUAAAAUUAAUUUAAAAUUUUGUUUGAAUUAUGACAGUAAUGUAUGAUAACAAAAUAAUAUAAUUUGCGAAAUUAAUAAAUCACUCAUUUCAAUGCCUAAUCAAAACUUUCGUGACGUCAUCAGUAAGGCUCAAGGCAUUUUAUAAUGUGCCUGGCUAUUUUCUUUGAGAAUAUAGUUUUUUUUUGUUUUAAAAUAAGGAGUGUGGAACCUGGAAGUCCGUCUCUACCACUCCUUUACCUAUUUCAGUUCCUGUUCUCUACCUAUUCCUGGUUCUGUCAACACGCCUGUGGCCGUCUAUGUUUAAUGUUGGCAGGUGAACUGUUAGAUUAUCUAAUCGAUAUUUUUUUUAAAAACUACGAAAUAGGAAACUCGCAUUAAACAAGAACUAAGAUUAGAAAAAAAAAACAUAGAUUUUAUGUUGAUAAUACUCAGUAAUUUAAACAAUAAAUGUAAUUAAAUGAGACAGUGUAAGAUACUUUUACAGUUGACAAUAAUACGUAAAUUUGAAACCGGAACACUCAAGAGUGAUUCAGUUAUUGUAUAAAAUAGUAUUUACGAACUUACACACACAAUUUUUCUACGCGUAUGUGUGUCUAAAACAAUAUUUUUUUCCGGGAAUCGAUAUGUUACAAAAUCCUAUAGUUUCUUUUCAUGUGUGAAAAACAUUUGCCAUAUGUGUCAUUCAUUAUUAUACUUUUUUGUUACUACUACGAGUACCUUAUUAGUACACAUAGGGUUUAAUUUUUAAUUUAACGAGGAGGGUGUUAAAUUAUCAAAAUUUUAUAAAAUUUCUAAUAACUAAAUUCAGAAAUUACAAAGGAUUUAAAUUGCAUGUAAAUACUUAAACCGAUGUAUAAGUUAAGCAGAAAUUGGAUAUGUUAUUAUGAAUUUUACUAUUUAUUAUGUAAAUUCUAAAUUAUCAUUAAGCGUUUGUACUUUACUAUACUUAAAUUAAGCUGUGAUUAUUAUGAUUAGGUUUUUUCGACUUAAUUGUCUGUAAAUUAAACUUGUAUAAAUAUAAUACAAUGAAUAAUAC